AUGGACUAUCUUCUGCUUUCACUGUGGCUUUUCGUCUGUUAUGUCCUUUAUGGAGCCAUCUGGCGGUUGUAUUUCAGCCCUAUAGCCCAUAUACCGGGCCCACGGCUCGCGGCCUUAACAAGACUGUAUGAGAUCUACUACGAUGUUUGGUUGUCCGGAAAAUACACAUUCAAGAUCAUGGACUUGCACAAGCAGUACGGGCCUAUAAUCAGAAUUUCACCUUGGGAAAUUCACAUCUCCGAUCCAGAUUUCUAUGAUACCGUAUACGCGGGCUACGCUCAAGCUCGUCGCUCAGACAAAUGGCCAUAUUUCACAAAAUUCAUGGGCUUGGAUUUGUGCGUGUUCGCAACUGUAGAACAUGAGCUCCACAGGAAGAGGCGCUCCGCACUUCUCCCUUACUUUAGUAUGGCCAGUGUUCGACGGCUUCAACCCGUGAUCCAGGAGAGAAUAGAUGUUAUGCUCAAUCGGAUGAAAGAGUUCAGGGAUACUGACGAAGUUCUGAAUGCGAGUUGCAUGUUCUCCGCAUUGACUAACGAUGUGACGAACACUUAUUCUUUUGCGCGUCAUGAUCACCGACUUGAAACACCAAACUUUGAUCCCUCCUCCCGCGAUGCAUCACUGGCAGGCGCAAACUCCGCCAACAUUAUGAAGCAUGUGCCUUGGGUUAAUGACGUCUUUAAAGCGCUCCCAGAUUCUGUUGUGGCAGCGCUGAACCCAGCACUGGCUUCUUUCGCAAAGCAAAAGCGCACUUCCCGAGCGCAGGUCGAAAAAAUCAUUGCGGGCGACAACGAGGAAUGGCGCGGAAAGGAGCAUCCCACUAUUUUUCAUGCUGCUCUUGACUCUAAGUUGCCUCCGGAAGAGAAGACAAUCGAUCGACUUGCCGAUGAUGCACAAAUGAUGGUUAUGGCGGGCACGCUAACAACCGCCGCAACUCUAGAACUCAUCACCUUUUGGUUAUUGUCGCAACCGGAAACCCUACGCAAGCUCAAAGAGGAGCUCCUGAACGUCAUGCCCAGCGCUGACGAUGUUGGCAAGAUUCCCCUGCCAACUCUUGAGGGACUGCCUUAUCUUACGGCCGUCAUCAAAGAGGGCCUACGAUUGAGUUAUGGGGUCUCAACGCGUCUUCAACGAAUUGAUCCUGACAACUCCAUUGUUUAUAAGGACAAAAAGACAGGAAAGGAGUGGGUCAUCCCACCCAAGACUCCACUCGGCCAGACCGCCGUGCAGAUUCAUCAUGACGAGGAGAUUUACCCAGACAGUCACAAGUUCAUCGCUGAGCGAUGGCUCAACACUGACGGUCGGAGACUCGAAAAGUAUCUCGUCAGUUUUUGUCAAGGAAGUCGCAAAUGUCUUGGAGUCAAUCUUGCAUAUGGCGAAUUGUACCUCGUUCUGAGCGCUAUAUUCAGGCUGUGGGGAAGCGGAGGUGAAAAUGGUGUCAGGGGCGCCGAUGACGUUGGAGUUCUCACCCUCUACGAGACGGGAUUGAAGGAUGUGGAGAUGGAGAGUGACCAGUUCAUUCCCGCUCCCCAGAAAGGCUCGAAGGGUAUCAGGGUGAAGGCCUUCAACUAGAUGUUGCUGAAUGUAUCCCACUGGACAUAAAGUGUGCCUUGUUGUUAUUGCAGCCAAUACCAUGCCCAACUCGUGCAGGAACAUGGGGCCACCUGUGGCAUAUGAUAUCUUCACCGGCUAGUUGACAUGAAAAUGAAAGGCCUGGAAAUGCGCUAUCCGCUGACAAGGAACAUGGCAUGCUCCUGCGGCAAGGGAAAUAGAAUGUAGGUGAUUAGUUAUCUUCGCCAUAGGCCCAAGCGUCAUUUGCAGCUGUGUGGAUAUAUCUAUC